AGGUGCCGGCAGAGGCAACCUCAGAGGUGCACAGCAGCCAGCAGGUGCCGUCUUCGGAGGUGCAUACCAGCCAGCAGGCCAGUGUUCUACACACGGGCGAUGCCAGCAUUGACUUGGUGAUCCUGCCGGAGGGCUAUGGCCAAACAAAGCAGAUAGAUGUGGAUCGCCUGGUGGGACAGAUUCGAAGUGACCUGGAGCACGAGCUAAGCAUUCCCGACAAGUCUCUCUUCUUGAUGAACCUGUCGGGCGCUGCUGAGUUGAAGCAAGUGCUACCUGAUGAGCGCUCCUUGCGGGACUUGGGAUUGAAGCCGGGGGAUCGCGCGGGGAUUGAGCUCAGAAUCAAUUACUACCAGGAGCAGCCUGCAGAGGAGUAUGUUAUGCCAGACUGUUUGGAGCUGAAAGUGGUGAACGACCGUGGAGAGGAGAGGAUGAUUUCUGUCCAUGUGCAAAGGCCUGUCAUGGAAAAGCCAUACUUUGGCGGCUAUCGGAACAAACAGAACGGCGCAACGUACCAUCAUGCAGUCACUCAGACUGCUCCUAUCCAGAAAAAAGACAUACACGUCAUCCGCUUUCAUCGAGAGGCUCAGACGUACGAGUACCGCACCCGCUCCACACAGUGCAAGCGGGAUAAUGGCACUCAGAUGGAGAAGGUGGGCCUCUAUAUUGACAGCCGCGAUGAUGUCAUCAUGCAGCCACGGCGCCCGUACUUCAGCAGCGCAGAUAAGGCGGCGUUGUUGCUGGAGAAGUGCGUCAUGAUCCAAUGUCAUGCCAGAGGCAUGAUUGCUAGAAGGCGCACUCGGCAGCUUCGCCAAGCACGUCAGGAGCGUGAGGAGCUGGAGCGCCGAGAGACGGAGCGCCGGCAGUUGGAGGCUGACCUCAGGCACAAAAGGGAGGUCGAGAGGCGCAUGCAUCCUCUCACACCCGAGGAUUUCAGCGUGCUCUACAAAGAGCUCGAGGCAUGGCGAAUAAACGAGGCAGCACGAAUCCAAAACUCCGGGUUCGACGAGGCAACGCGCCGCGCUGCGCAGUAUGAGCUGCUACGCAAGGAGACAAAGCUUUUGCAGACUAUUGACAAGCUGAAGAUCAAGGCUCACACGCAGAAUAGAGAUAGCAAGAUCAAAGGCAAGCUGGAGUCUAUGGCCCAGCCAAAGGUUUGGCUGCAGACUGAUGGGGAGACGACUACCGUGCAUACCCCUUUCACAACGCGUGCGAAGGAGCUCAUGGAUCUCUACAGCGGCCUCCGGCUCCCGCUGCUGACCGUGGAUGAGCG